UAAUUGUAGGAGCUGCCUGGGAGCUGUUAUAGCGACGCUAUUUUCUUCAGCUGGGUUGUCAACAGCUUGUCAAUCCUACAUCGCCCGCUCUGGUAGUUGCUGCCCUGGUCGCCCCAGAAGUUCAAUCCACGAUGCCUGCGGACAUCAGGAGCUUCUUCGGUGGCAAGCCCGCCCAAGGCUCAGCUCCGAAGGCACCAGCUAAGAAGACAGAGGACCAGUCCACUGCUAGAAAGAAGCGAAGCAGGAAGGUCGUCGACGAUAGUGACGAUGAAGAGGUAGUCGAGCAAAAAGCUCCGGCGCCGAAGCCUAAGCCAGCGUCUGAAAAGAAAGAGGAAAUAGCGAAAGGAGAGCCGACGUCCACCUCUGAUUACUUCGCUUCCUCAAAGAAGAGGGGCCGGCCCCCAAAGGCUAAAAGUGAAUCUACGACUGCUGCACCCGAGGCGCAAGAGAAACCCGAGAAAGGCACACCCGGAUCUAAGAAGUUUGCUGAGUUCAAGAUGCCUCCAGAGACCCCUCCGUCUGUCGGGAAAGAGAGUGUGAAGCGUAACCCGCCGCGAGGCAAGAAGCUCCAUACCGUGGACGAAGAAGAGAAUCUCGGUGGUGAUGACAUUUUCGCGACAGAAUACCAGAAGCCCGGCAGAGGUGAUGAUGAUUAUGUCGAAGAGGACGAUGACGGAAGUGAAUUCGAGGAGCUUGUCGUACGGCCUGCAGUAGCGGCUAGAAAAGAAUCGGAGAGCCGAAAGAAAGCGUCAGUUGAUAAGGAAGAUGUGGAGAUGGAGGAUGCCCCUGUGCCCUCUAAACCUUCUCGACGGAAACGAAAGUCAGAAGCUCUACUUGACAAGGGCGAAGAUGAUGAUUCAUAUGAGGAUGCAAAGAAGAAAGCCAAGCCGUCAUCGGCAAAGGCGACGCCCAAGAAGCCGAAAGCGGCAUCGACAAAGCAGGAUAAGCCGGAGAGUAAAGAAAUCCAGGAUAUAUUCGACAGUAUCCCAACAGUUAGACCACCUUCGCCUCCGAAGAAGUCUGGCGACUCCAAGAAAUUCAACUUUGCUCAGCAUGCCCAACACACACAACCUCCGCCGGGAGCUGGGACUAAGGAGAUGCCAGUCGGUGCCGAAAAUUGCCUUGCUGGCCUGUCCUUUGUCUUUACUGGUAUUCUAGAUACUCUGGGCCGUGAUGAAGGACAGUCGCUUGUGAAACGGUACGGCGGUAAAGUCACUACUGCGCCCAGCUCGAAGACAAGCUAUGUGGUCCUAGGAAGUGACGCUGGACCUAAAAAGCUCGAGACAAUUCAAAAAUUCAAGAUCAAGACUAUAAAUGAGGAUGGUCUCUUUGAGCUGAUUCGUCGACUGCCACCAAACGGUGGUGAUGGAAAGGCGGCGGAACAAUAUGCCGCUAAGAAAAAAGCCGAGGAAGAAAAGAUUCGAGCCAUGGCUGCUGAGAUUGACCGAGAGGAGAAGCAGAAGAUCAAGAGUGUGGGAACAUUGGGAGCCAACGCUCCGCAGGGGUCACAGGCUCCUUCAAGCUCCCAAGGACCCAGGGUGGAUGAUCGCCUCUGGACAACAAAGUAUGCCCCGACGUCUAUAAACAUGAUAUGUGGAAACAAAGGCAUGGUUGAAAAGCUUCAGGUUUGGCUGAGGGAGUGGCAUACGAACGCAAAGUUGAACUUCAAGAGACCGGGCAAGGAUGGAUUAGGUCUCUAUCGUGCUGUCAUGAUCCACGGCCCACCGGGUAUCGGAAAGACAACAGCAGCACAUCUGGUUGCCAAACUAGAGAACUACGACGUUGUUGAGACAAAUGCAAGUGAUACCCGAAGCAAGAAGCUUGUAGAAAACGGCUUGCUUGGUGUCCUGGACACGACCUCUCUGCAAGGUUAUUUUGCCGGCGCAGGGCAAAAGGUCGAGAGCGACAAAAAGAAGAUGGUUCUCAUUAUGGAUGAAGUCGAUGGAAUGUCAGCUGGUGACCGGGGUGGCGUUGGCGCCCUAGCUGCUGUUGCCAAAAAGACCCGAAUUCCACUUAUCCUCAUCUGCAAUGACCGAAGACUUCCAAAGAUGAAGCCUUUCGAUCAUGUAACAUUUGACUUGCCCUUCAGAAGACCGACUGCCGAUCAGAUACGGGCGAGGCUCUCAACUAUCUGUUUUAGGGAGGGCUUGAAGAUUCCGCCUCAGGUCUUGGACGGGCUGAUUGAAGGCACUCAUGCCGAUAUACGCCAAGUCAUUAAUAUGCUCUCUACAGUGAAGCUCGACCAGCAAAAUCUUGACUACGACAAGGGCAAAGAGUUGUCGAAAGCAUGGGAGAAGCACGUUAUCCUGAAGCCUUGGGAUAUCGUCAGCAAGAUAUUGAGCGCCCAGAUGUUCUCCCAAAGCUCGAAGGCUACAUUGAAUGACAAAAUCGAGCUGUACUUCAACGACCAUGAAUUCAGUUAUCUCAUGCUACAGGAAAACUAUCUAAAGACGAACCCGACUCUAGCUGGCGGUUAUCAAGGGAAGGAGCGCAACCUGAAAUUGCUCGAGCUGGCCGAAAAUGCAGCCUCAAGCAUUAGUGAUGGUGAUCUCGUGGAUAGAAUGAUCCAUGGCGCACAACAACAAUGGAGUUUGAUGCCAACACAUGCUGCCUUUAGUUUUGUCCGCCCGGCUAGUUUCGUAUCUGGUAAUAUGGUUGAGCGGCCAACAUUUACUAGUUGGCUCGGCCAGAACAGCAAGCAAGGGAAACUUUCGCGAUACAUCAAAGAAAUACAAGCCCAUAUGCGUCUUCGCUCCUCGGGCGAUCGCGACGAAGUCAGACAGCAGUAUUUCCCGCUUCUGUGGGACAGAUUGAUCCGCAGAAUGAUGGAUGAAGGAAAAGAGAGCGUUGAGGGUGUCAUUGAUCUAAUGGACAGCUAUUUCUUGACCCGCGAUGACUGGGAUGCUAUGGUCGAGCUCGGCUUGGGUCCCAUGGACGAGUCUAAGGUCAAACUGGAGAGUCAGACGAAAGCCACUUUUACACGCCUUUACAACCAACGGUCGCAUCCUAUCCCAUUCAUGAAGGCGAGCAGCAUUGUAGCGCCUAAGAACAUACCCCGAGAGAAGCCGGACAUCGAAGAAGCUAUCGAUGAAUCGGACGAGGGAGAAGAAGUCUUAGAUGCCGAGACCAAGGAAGACGAUGAGAGCGAAGAGCUCGACCUCAAAAAAGACAAAUAUGUGAAGGUCCCGAAGAAGCCAGCCUCGAAGGGAGGAGCAGCAAAGGGGAAGAAAGCCACGAAGGGCAAAAAGGGUGGGAACCAAGAGGAUUUUAUCGACGACGACGAAGAGGAGGAAAAGCCCAAGAAGGGGCGGGGUCGGAAGCCUAAGGCAAAAGCCUGAGCAUGGUUAUUGCAUUUCCAUUCUGCCCGGUAUCAUUCUUAGGACUCGCGAUGUCCAUUUAGUGCUUUGAACGCUGUACAUUUAAUGCUGGAAACCGUCAUGUAUCGCCAGGCUAUUUGCAACGGAGUGGUUGUUCAGCGGUCUGUUGCCAUUCUAUCAUGAUCAGUGCAUGUAUUAUAAUAAAGAAUUAUCCAUUGACGACAGCGCCUCCAAGAAGUACUAACUAUG